AUGUUCGCACCAACUCCAGUUAAAAGAUUUUUCCAAAUGAACAAACCAUUGAUAGAUCAAACCGAUUCGGAAUCUCGAGCUGGUUAUUGUGGUCAUAGAUGGACUUUUCGUAUUUUCUUGAUAGUCACCGUUGGUAUAUUUAUAUUUAAUAUUGUUUCUUGUAUUGGCUUUCACGAUUUGACAUCAUCUUCUGUUGAUGAUCUUUAUCUUCCUCAAUCUCUUCGAUGUCCGCACAAGAAUAAGACUAGGCUUGAAUAUGGUCGUUUGCAUCUAGCUCGCAGUCGCGUCAUUAUUUGUGGAUUGAUACGUGAUCGUGAAGCACACAUUUCUCGUAUUCGACAGCAAAUAGAAGAAAUAACACAACUCUUUGAUGAUUAUGCUAUCGUUAUUGUCGAGAACGAUUCAAAAGAUAGAACGCGACAACAAUUAAUCGCUUGGGCACAAGAUAAGAAAGUUGCUGGUCGAAUUCAUGUUAUCGGAUGUAAUAAUCAAGUCAAUGAUGAUCGUCCAUGCAAUUUAUCAUUGGCUCCGACUCCAACCAAUCACCCGCCGACUAUGUCACGCAUCGAAAAAAUGGUUCUACUGCGCAAUAUGUACAUGCAAUACAUCGAAGAUAAUGCUCAACUAGCGCAAUUUGAUCAUACUCAUACAGGUAUUAUUCAAGUAUUUAAUUCAUCAAAUUUCAAUGAAACUGAAAUCAAUGAAUCACUUGUUAUCAAUAAUAAUGAUAAUGAAACAAUAUUAAAUGAUAAUCAAUCAUCAAUUCAAAUAGUUGAUAAAAAUCAAUUUGCUGAAACUGUUGUCGAUCUUUUAUUGGAUCUUUUAGAAAAAGCAAAUCUAUCUCGUACUGUAUCUAUUAUACAUAAUGAUACAGAAUUAACUGAACUUGUCGAACAAGAUGAUGUUGACUUACAAACAACGACUAUCAAAUUAACUGAUCCAUAG